AUGGUAUUAUUAACCUUAUUUAUAAACAUUCUUCCUUGCACAUACUGGAUCUUGUUACUAUUACCACGGUUUAUUAAGGAGUUUCAUUCCUUUUUUAUUGAUAGGAAUGUUGCUCUAAAAUCACCGAACUUAAACUCACACUUCCUGCGCUACACUACUCGAAAAAACACCCAAACAGACCAAACAUUACGAACACUACUCUUCGAUAUAAUGGCUAAACCUUCUAAUUCAUUGCCAAAACGUGAUCUGCCGCAGUUCUAUCUGUUAGUGGCCUUGUAUUUUAUUCAAGGGAUUCCCAUUGGUUUGUCUUUUGGGACUGUGCCGUUCUUGUUGAAAUCAAUCAUUAAGGAAACCACUUUCACUCAGUUGGGUUUCUUCUCCAUAUCAACUUAUCCAUAUUCGUUGAAGAUUCUUUGGUCGCCCAUCGUUGAUUCCAUCUAUUCCAAAAAAUUAGGAAGAAGACGUUCGUGGAUUAUCCCUAUCCAGUUAGUAUCCGGCGUGUUAUUAUACGUUUUGGGACAUCUCAUCGCCAAGAAUAAAAUCUUCAAAUCGGUCGAUGAUGCUUACCACGGCAGAGUCACUCCACUGGAAGAGGUAUUGAACGUGAACAUGGUACAAUUGACCUGUAUCUUUACGCUACUUAUUUUUCUAUGUGCUACGCAGGAUAUCGCGGUCGAUGGUUGGGCUCUUACAAUCCUGUCAAAACAGGCGUUAUCGUAUGCAGCAACCGCUCAAACUAUUGGUCUUAAUAUUGGUUAUUUCCUAUCCUUCACGGUGUUUUUAUCCUUUAAUUCAAAUGAAUUCAUUAACAAAUAUUUCAGAGCUGUGGCUUUGCCGUACGGCUGGGUUAGUUUAGGCGCUUAUAUGAAAUUCGCCGGUUUAGUUUAUAUUCUGAUCACUUUCUACAUCAUAUUCUUCACUACGGAACAUCCUUCCCUGCACGCUUCAUCCGAUCCAAAUGAUUCAUUGUUACCGUCAAUUUCAAGUUCAGCAGGAGAGAGUGCAAAGGCAAUUGUAGAAUAUAAUGACAAAGAGUUGUUCCUCUCAAAUGAAAAUGUAUCAACUGCGGAGAAGACUCAGAGUAUCGCAUACAUAUAUAGAUGCUUCAUCAACGUCUUGAAAUUGAAACCAGUUCAACAACUUGCAUUGAUACAUUUGGUAGCAAAAUUUGCGUUCCAAUGUAACGAGGCCGCAACCAAUUUGAAACUAUUAGAAAAAGGGUUCAAAAGAGAGGAUCUGGCCGUUACUGUUCUGAUCGAUUUCCCAUUCGAAAUUGUCUUCGGCUACUAUGUAGCCAAAUGGAGUUCUGACUCAAACCCAACAAAUGUAGAAAAUUCUGCUUCUCUAACAAAGGAUAACAAGGUAUCUUCAAAGAUAUGGGAAUUGGAAAAUAAAGACAAUCAACGCUCUAUGUUACAGAGACUCUCGAAAAAACUAGUAGGGGAUGCAGGUGUGUUGAGUCCAUGGCUUUACGGUUUUAUUGGACGUUUGACUGCCGCUAUAUUGGGUUCAUAUGUUGUGCACUCGUUCCCAAAGAGUGGAAAUAUCACAACCUCGUAUUUCCUCUUGGUGAUUGGUCAACAUCUGUUGGGUUCCUUCAUGCAAACUGUCCAAUUUGUUGGUAUAUCGUCUUUUCACACGAGGGUAUCCGAUCCUUUACUUGGAGGCACAUACAUGACAUUAUUGAAUACACUAAGCAAUUUCGGUGGUACUUGGCCAAGAUUCUUAAUCUUAUGGUGUAUUAAUAAGUUCACUAUCUAUAAGUGUGUCGAUAAAGUUACAACAACUGUAAGCUUUUCAAAUAGUUUAAAAUUGGAUGACGGUUUACCAUUUUGUUCUACUGGGGAUGUCACUACGGUAAGAGAUGGUUACUACUUAACUAAUUUACUUUGUGUUUCCGUUGGUAUCAUUUUAUAUUUUACAUUCUUAAAGAAAACAGCACUAAAAUUACAAAAAUUACCUACGAAAUCAUGGAGAUGCAAACAAAUAUGA